AUGUCGAAGCGAGCUCGAGAAGAGCAGGACACGACGCGACCACCGAAGCGAUCAAAGCCCGACUACCAACCACCGGCCGUUGAAGAAAUCCACUAUGCGCGACAGCUACAACAAUUCCUCGUCUUUCGUCAAGAUGGAAUUCACCAACUGCGAAAUGGCAUAGCUUCUUUCAAAGCUUUCCUGGAGACGAUCUUGUACCGGAAAGAAGAAGACAAUCGCGGACGCUUACUGUCCAUACUAAGAGAAUAUCUGGACUCGCAGAAGCCGGCAGAUGUACAAGACAUCAGUACUCCGUUUCUGGCACAAUUGUGGCAGGCUUGGUCUUAUGCCAGUCAGAACAACAACGACUAUCUUUCUUCCUCCCAUCAGCAUCUGCGGCUUGUGAAGCGAGGACUCGAUGCACCCAAGCACAAGGACUUUGUCGUAUCCCCAUGUCUGAGGCUUUUGACCGAGGUCGUGAGCUUUGAUGGAGGUGCACUAGCGAGGGAGGCUUACAAGAGACGAGAACAGACGUUCGACAUCAAUUCUGUGCGAAGGAAUUUGGGCUUGUACAGGGCGGGUGUGUCGGAGGAAGAGGCGAAGCGAAAGCCUUCUGUGCGGACUUUGACGGUGCGAUAUGUUCUCGCGCAUCUCAAGUAUCUGCAUGAAGGUGGUAAAGUCGACUUACUCAAGAGCAGACCCUUGUGCAUUGCUUUACUCCAUCAUCUAGCAGACGAUCCUGCGGAUGUAGUCAACGAGAUCUUGUCUGUCACCGAGCAGAAUGUGCUCAAGGACACCGAUCUACCACGAUCUGUGAAGGGAACGUUUCUCACCCAGCACAAUCUCGAACGUGUCACGGAGGUUGCGACUCGCUCACCUGAAGACCAUGCCGCGGCAGAUCGCGCGUUCGCCUGGUUGAAAUCAGUCUGCACUUCGCCUUCAUAUGGCGUCCUACGAGAAAGCGGCUGGUAUCCUGCUGGCACCACGAAGCUCGAAAGUAAUGUCGGUGAUGGCAACGGCGCUAUCGAUCUGGGUCUGGACAGCAUAGAUUUCUACGAUCGAGCAGAACGACCAGAUGUCCGCAACUCCACUCUACUGGACUGGUGUGUGACACUUCGCCCACACAGCGAUGUGAAGGAACGAGAAUUACUUCUCGCGUGCUUCACUUCCGCUCCGGAGCUCGUGGCGCCAUAUUUUGCAGAAAAGAACAUGCAGCUCGAGCCAAAAUUGUCGAAUACCUGGAUUGGAUAUGCCUCUUUCCUGUUCGAGGUCAUCCGCCUCGAUGUCCCAUCAUACCUUGGCAAUGCUGAGGAGGAAGGGUAUGCUGAGCUACCACCGCAGACCAGCAUUGUUCUCGAGAACGUGCUACCACGCCCACUGACUCAGAAGACCCUGACGAGGUGUCUUAAUCAAAGCAGCGAGCUCAUCACAUUCUUCGCCAUCCGAAUCUUGGUCCUUGCCACGCAGAAACUGUGGACCAUCCUGGAACAAAUGCGCCGAGCAGCGAAAGCAGCCUCAGGCGAGAACGCCAGGUUGUGGACUGAAGCGAUAGAACGCACCUUAGCGGGCUUUACUCAGCGAGCACCUAGCAUGAAGGACAUCAUCGCCGCCUUCCGCAAGAUCUCAGACGACGAUGAACAUGCAUUACAACGCGAAGCUGUGACGAGACUACUGCGGCUGUACUUCGAGGUCACACCACUUCAAGCACUAGACGAGCCCUUCGAUGUCUCUGCUGCUUUGACUACAGCGCUAAGCCGGGGUCGGGAUGCAUCAGAGGUAGAUGAUACCGACGCGAGCGUCAAGGCGCUUCGUAGCAUUGAGCUUGAGCAUCUACUUGUCAUUGUCCAGCAUAGCUCUGGCAUGAAAUGGUUUGGCAAGCAGGGUGGACUGGACUAUUCGCCUAUCGUGAGCUUGCUACGGCUUCAUUUGCGAGAUCUUCAGAACCGACAGAUUAGGUCGCUGGUCCGGGAUGUUUUGACGGAAUACUCCCUGAUCACACAGCAUGGCGAGGUCGAUGCACUGCUUGCUUCUUUGCUACGAGUGGAUAGCGACGAUGAAGAAGUCUGGACGUUCGUCGAUGAUUGUCUGGCGAGAGCCACGAGGCAACCCGUCAAGUAUGUCGACCAGCUUGAGAGUGCAGUAUCGGAAGGCAACGCAAACGUGAAAGCUGCAGACGAAGAUACUGUUCUGCCUGGUCUGCUCGUUAUGACUGUGGUUGAGCAGACAGCUUUCGUUCAUGAGAAGCCAGAAGUGAUGACCUGGAUUGAUAUGUACCUUGCUGCUAUGGGUCGGAUACAGAAUGUCGGGCCGGUAUUCGCUAAAUUGACGGCAGACAUCUCCCGUGGCGUGUCCCGACCGUCGCCACCUGAUAAGGAGGCAUGUGAGGAGCAAUUGACGCUUGUGACCUUCCCAGUGGCCACGGAAGACGUUGCGAACGGUGUGGCCAAGGACGCGGCGACCUUGCCUUUCGUGCCACCAGCGACAGGGUCGGACGAUCAUCCGGAGCUGUUCCGCUGGGCGCAGAAGGAUCUCGGUCGAGCGAUCGAAGACGGCGAUAUCGACGGCCUGAUCCUUUGCCUAUGCUCCCAGCACCACGAGAUUCGAGUCCAAGCUCUCGCACAAAUCCGACUCCUUUUCGGCAAACUCAAGGGUCGAAAUGCAGAGGAGAGCGGCCAGAUGACUGUGCUCAUUGGCGAGCUGAUCGAGACAUACGAGCAGCAAUACCUACCAUCUCAAAAAGCACUACCAUACCUGACCGGCUGUUUUGCCAAACGCGCCCUAGCCGUGCUCAAUGAGCCAACCCAUUUCAUCUACCCCAAGCUCUGCCGCUUCAUGAUGAAGAGUCCCGAGUGGCGAAGCGCGAGAUUGCCAUCGUACUGGCUAGCGAAUACGGUGCACGCACAGCCUGUGGAGGAUGAUGCAUACUGGCGAGAAGUGCACUGGGUAGUGGAGUGGUUAGUCGACGGGCUUACGACAUCUGCUGAUCUGGAGAUGUUGAGAAGGGGGGAUGUGUUUGAGAAGAUUAUGGCUGUGUAUUCGUCUCCUGGGGCGGGCAGAAUGAAGGCGCUGAAGAGUGCGGUGUUGGAGCUGCUUUAUCGUGCGAGUUGGAUAGAGGGGGGUUGUGAUGUUUUGGUGUCGAGGGCGGGUGUGCUUAGCUGGUUGGAGAUGGUGAAGGGAAAGGGGAAGGAGGAUGAUGUGCCGAGUUUGCUCAGGACGCGGAUCCUUGAGGGUUGUGAUCGGGAGAGGAUGGUGAAGUGGAGUGGGGGUGUUGGUGUAGAUCAGCUAUAG